AUAAAAUAACCGAUUACAAUUGUGAAAUUUUUUUUUAUGUAUUUAUAAUAUUUAUGUUUGCAUGUCAAUCAAUUACAUUUAGUUAGUUUAGUUUUUCAUUGGAAGUCAUCUUUGUGAAAUAGUUUUUUUUAUUAAGAUUCGAAUUGAUAUUACGCAAAGGUAGAAUGGCGUCAAAUUAUGUAAAUGAUUUUGAUUUGGAGCAUUUGGUUAAAUUGAAAAACGAUUUAUUAUGGGAAUUGAGGCGUCAGAAUCAGGUGAUAGAAAAGAAAGAGGCAUGGAAUAAUCAUUGCAUUAAAUUCAGAGCAAUGGAAAAAAAUCAUCAAAAUAAUUUGUACGCAUUGGAUCCUAAAGAAUGGCAGCAUUCUCUUGUUUCAACUCAAUCGACAAAAUAUGUAAAAAUCAAAUCAUACGAUGGUGCUUGGAAACUUGAAAAUGUGCCGAUUCACCGAUUAAGAGCUGUCGGCUCGAUACCAAAAAUGCAGGCAUGGGCCCCAAUAAACGAGAAUAUGAUGGUCCAAGAUCAAAAUCAGAUCAUCAAUAUUCCAUUUAUCGGAGAUAAAGAACGUGAUAGAAAUUUCAAUUUUAUUGAAGAUUAUAUCUACAACCAUGGCAUUGAUUACUUUGAAGAUGUCGGAUACGUGAACAACACCAUCUUAAUCGAUUUGAUUAAAGCAGUGGCCCAUGCUUAUGAAAAUGGAGAUUUGCCUAAUAAUCCAAAUCAAAGCGAAAUACCAUUUGCAGAUAUCUUUAAAGAAAUCAGUAAAUACCAAUAUUAUGGAACUGAAGAAACCAUAAGAAUGAAGUAUCUCUUGGCAACUCAAUGCACAAAACCACAAAAGAACACCUAUGAGUGCUACAGCGAAUUGUAUUGUCGACGUUGCUGCAUAUAUGAUUGCCUUUUGCAUCGCUCAGAAGAAGAUAAAAUAUCUCGAAAAAUGAGUAAAAGUCGUAUCAAUGACCUAAAACUAUCCAGUGAACCAUGCAAGAAUGAAUGUUAUAAACUUUCGGACUCUGAAAAAGAGGCAAGAUCCGAAGAUGGAAACGAUGAUGUUGGCAGUGUCAGAAGGCAAUCAACUGCAAUACUAGAUGGUCCAUCCACUUCAACGUCAUCGAUUAAAUCGUUGUUUACAAUAACCGAUGAAUGGACUCCUUCCGAUCAAUCAUUAAUUCUUUCACUGUGCAAAGUAUUUCCGAAUAAUUACUGUGCAAUCGCUCAAACAAUGCUAACAAAAACAUGCAAACAAGUGUUCAAGUACUGCCAGGAAAAUAAAUUAGAUGUAGAUUCAAAUUUGGAUCCGAAUGCAGACACACAACCACCACAACCGAUGAUAGUAUCACAAACCGAAUGGAUUGCAGAACGAAAAAAAGUGCUCUAUGAUUCGGAUUUUGGACGAAAGUCAUGGAUACCUUGUAACCAUGAUGGUCCGUGUGGCAAAACUUGUUCUUGCUUCGAAGGUCGACACUUUUGCGAAAAAUUUUGCAACUGUAGUGAUGAGUGUCCAUUACGUUAUCCCGGUUGUCGUUGCUCAGGUCCGUGUGACACAACGUAUUGUCGAUGUAAUAAAUUGGACCGUGAAUGUGAUCCGGAUUGUUGCAACCGAUGUGGUGCCGAUAAAUUUAAUGUUGAAAAUAUUGCAUGCAAAAAUGUUAAUCUUCAACGUGGCCAACAUAAGCAUUUAUUGAUUGGACCAUCGGAUGUGGUCGGUUGGGGUGCUUUUUUAAAAGGAAACGCAAAGAGAUAUGAAUUUAUAUGUGAAUAUCGCGGUGAUGUCAUUACACAAAAGGAGGCCGAACGACGUGGCCGUUUAAAUGAUAAAUUAGGAUGCAGCUAUUUAUUCAAUCUGAAUCACGAUUAUGUAAUUGACGCCCAAAACAAAGGCAACAAGACUCGUUUCAUCAAUCAUUCCAAAAAGCCAAAUUGUUAUCCGAGAAUUCUGAUGGUCAAUGGUGAUCAUCGCAUUGGUUUCUUUGCUUUCGUGCCUAUUAAAAGUGGCGAAGAACUUUUCUUUGACUAUGGUGAUACUUUCUGGAAAAGAAUUCAAGAAAAGCCAAAAAUGAAAAGUAUAAGAGUCCCGAAAUAAAAUUAAUUUUUUUUUUUUUUGAUUUUUCUGAGAAAAAACAUAUUUUUGUAUACUGGUAUCAAAUAAGAAAUGGUGGUUUUGUGAAAUAAAAAUGAUA